GUUAAUGAGAGUUGAAGAAAAGUAAAAAAUCGUUUUGUUUUUUUUUAAUUAUGACGUAACGUUUGGUAAUUUUAACUUUUCAAUGUUGGCACUAGAAGUCACCACGUUGAUCAAAUUGAGCCCCCACAAUGACCGACCUCUGUGAGAAAAUCCUGAGACAGCUCUCGGAGUCCGAGCCCCUCAACACUCUCACCCUCUCCCGUCUCUUCAACACCGACCACCAGAAGAUCGUGGGGGCCCUUAAGAGCAUCCAAGCCCAUGGGGACCUCAUCACCGCGGAGCCCCAAAGCGACAAAUUCAUCGAACUCACGGAAGAGGGCAAACAAAUCGUGGAAAACGGCAGUCACGAAGCUCGCAUUUUCCACGCUGUGCCCCCCGAGGGCGUAGCCCAAGCCGAGUUAAUGAAACUCCCUAACGCCAAAGUGGGGUUCAGUAAGGCGAUGAGCGCCGGCUGGCUGGUCUUGGACAAGGGGGGCCCCCCUGUCGUGAGACGCAAAGUGGACAAGAUCGUGGAUACGGUCCAGGCGAAUUUGCGCCUGAUUUUAGGGGGGCACGUGGGGCAGAUCGCCGAUAGUGUGCGACAGGAGUACAAAAAACGGAAGUUGAUACAGGAAGUGGUCCAAAAGUCGUUUAAUCUGCGAAAAGGGGGCGAUUUUAGCCUCACUUUGGCCAAAUUGGAGACUGAUUUAACAGCGGAAAUGUUAACGACCGGAAGUUGGCAACAAUUAAAGUUCAAAGAGUACAAUUUUGACGCUUUGGGGGCCCCUCUUGAAUGCGGGUAUUUGCACCCUUUACUCAAAGUCAGGGCCGAAUUCAGGCAAAUUUUCCUCGAAAUGGGGUUCACGGAGAUGCCCACCAACAAUUACGUUGAGAGCUCCUUCUGGAAUUUCGACGCUUUGUUUCAACCCCAACAGCACCCUGCGAGGGACGCCCAUGACACUUUUUUUGUCUCAGACCCGAAAAUUUCCACUAAUUUUCCCGAAGACUACAAAGAACGGGUCAAAGAAGUGCACAGUCAUGGCGGUUACGGCUCUCUGGGGUACCGUUACGAUUGGAAAAUCGAAGAGGCCCAAAAAAACCUUCUCCGGACCCACACGACGGCUAAUAGCGCCCGCAUGUUGUACAAAUUGGCCCAAGAAGAGAAUUUUAAACCGACUAAACUCUUCAGUAUUGAUAAAGUAUUCCGUAAUGAGACUCUCGACGCUACACAUCUGGCCGAAUUUAACCAAGUGGAGGGGGUUAUCGCCGAUUAUGACGUCACUCUGGGUGACUUGAUCGGUGUUUUUGCUGAGUUUUUCAAAAAAUUGGGGAUUACGGAACUGGAAUUCAAGCCGGCGUAUAAUCCGUAUACGGAGCCUAGUAUGGAGAUUUUCUGUUUUCAUAAUGGGCUGGGAAAGUGGAUUGAGAUCGGGAAUUCGGGGAUGUUUAGGCCGGAGAUGUUGCUCACGAUGGGGCUGCCGGAGAAUGUGAGGGUGAUUGCGUGGGGGCUGUCGUUGGAACGGCCGACCAUGAUUAAGUAUGGGUUGAAUAAUAUCAGGGAUUUGGUGGGGCCCAAAGUCGAUUUGGAGAUGGUGCAAAGGAGUCCGAUUUGUAGAUUAGAUAAGUGAAAUUUCACGAUUUUUUGUUAUUUAUUUUGUAAUUAAACUUUCAAUAUAUUAUUUGUAAGA